CCCCCAUAUCUCCCCAAAAAGAUGUCCUCUGCUACUGCUGACUGGGUUACGCCUCCCACACGUCCUGAGCUCAUCGAAAACCUUGUUUCGGGAGUUGACCGCUAUAAUCCUUCCAAUGUUGGCAUUUUGGAGGAUUACCUGUAUCACCAGAUCCGGAGUCAAGAGUAUGACUGUCUGGCCAAUCUUGCGAUCUUAAAACUCUACCAAUUUAACCAAGACCUCUAUAACCCGGAUGUCAUCAUCAACAUCCUUGUAAAAGCGCUUACCUCCGUACCGUUCCCCGACUUCAAUCUUUCAAUCGCCCUUCUCGAUGAUCGGGCGCCACCCACCAACCUCGACGAACCGGACCCUCUACCAGCUCUUCUCCCCCACCUCGUAUCUCUCCACAGCCUUCUCCAGCAAUGUCGCUUCCCCGCGUUCUGGGCUCUCUACCGCUCAGAUGAACUGGAGUCGCUGAGGGAUAAUUAUACAGUCGAGGUGGUUGGCUUCGAGGACUCUAUCAGGGAGGUAGUAGUGAGAAGUGUGAAGGCUGCUUUCCAGAGGAUAGGAAAGCAGAGGCUUGGCACGUAUCUGAGCUUGAGCGACUCUGGUCUCGACGAAUACAUCUCGAAGUUGGGUUGGACCCAGGAUGCCACCGGUGUGGUCGAGAUCCCACCAAACCCUGACAACAAAAUUGUCUCGACAGUCGUCCAGGAGAACAUCAACCUUCCUCAGCUAUCCAAAGUUAUCUCUCACGUCAUCCAGGCUGCAUAAACUUCUCUUGUAUCUGUGUACUUUGUGUAGUGUCCACCCAUGUAGCGCGACAAAACAUUGAGCGCGACUCGCCGUCUUAUUCGCAUUCGU